AUGGAUCAUCCCGCCGAAUUUAAAAAUCUCGCCAUACUCGCGUUGAGCGUGGUGGAUAGAGAACUCCAAUUUUUCCAAAGCGCAAAGUGGAGGUCCCACCUUGGACAGUGUUCGGAUAAAGCCUUCUCAAGUUUAUGGGACGGAAACAGGGACUUUCAAUCUGUGUUUCUGUCUUUUGUGGGUUUCAUUCUUUAUACAUUGGAUGGACUAGGCUCGGUGCCUGACUACCUACCGAUUUCAAACACAGCAUUAAACGCUGUGCAGGGAGUCUUCCGGAAGGUACAGCCCUAUCAAUGGCCCGAGAUCGCGGAUAUCUACGACGAGCUGCUGGAAUAUAUGGACUGCAUUUCAAGUUGUCUGGGAUCUGGCUCUAGUUCCUCGGAAAAUUGGCAAACUGUCAGUUACACACGUCGACUCGAUACAGUUCCCGAAGAAGAUGAAUAUGACUCCCAGAGACUGGCAGUGAACGCUCACCCAUUUUGCAGAGCAUAA